CUAAUCACGUGACUUUAGUGUGUUCAAAAUGGCGUCUGUCACAACGCGUAAAGUUUCAAGUGUAUUUAGAAAAGGCCUUUUUAAUGACAAAGUUGCAAUUGUCACUGGUGGAGCGACCGGUAUCGGAAAGGCUAUAACACAGGAACUUCUUUUUUUAGGUUGUAAUGUCAUGAUUGCUUCAAGAAAUAUAGAGAAAUUAAAACUGGCAGUUGAUGAAAUAAAGAGUUCACCAUCUGCCUAUGGUGUUAUUGAUUGUAUUCAGUGUAACAUUCGUAAAGAAGACCAAGUUAAAAAUUUAAUAUCCAAAACAAUAGAGAAAUAUGGUAAGCUGAAUUUCUUGGUUAAUAAUGGUGGUGGUCAGUUUCCUAGUCCGGCAGCAAAUAUCAGUUUGAAAGGUUGGAAUGCUGUUAUUGAAACAAAUUUAACAGGAACAUUUUUAUGUUGUAGAGAAGCUUACCAACAAUGGAUGAGAGACAAUGGUGGUGUCAUUGUAAAUAUUGUUGCUGACAUGUGGAAAGGAUUGCCUUUGAUGAGUCAUACAGGUGCAGCAAGGGCAGCAGUAGAUAAUCUAACUAAAAGUUUAGCCAUAGAAUGGGCUGAAGCAGGCAUCCGUAUCAACUCUGUUGCUCCUGGUAGUUCUAUAUACUCUGAAACAGCAGCAGCUAAUUAUGGUGAUAGUAAAAUAUUUGAACACAGAAUACCAUUAGUUCCAGCUAAACGUCUUGGAACUACAGAAGAAAUAUCAGCUUCAGUGUGUUUUUUAUUGUCACCGGCUGCUAGUUUUAUAUCAGGAGAAACAGUUAAAGUAGAUGCAGGUGCUAGUCUUUAUUCUACAAUGUGGAAUAUACCAGAUCACAAUAAAUCCAAACCUUACAAAUGGUCUACAGAUGAAGAAACAGAUCAGCCAAAUCUUAAACCAAAUUCAAAAUUGUAAUAAUAAAGCAUUUAGUCAUGAUCUCUCAACUACUGUUAUACUGAUCUUUUUUUAUGGAUUUGAUAGCAGCACCUGAUAAUUAAUGAUAUAGGCAUCAAUUAUUUUUUUUAAACAAUUAAUAUUUAUUGUACAUAAUAAAUCUAAUUCUUACAAAUGGUAUACAGAUGAAGAAACAGAUUAAACCAAAUUCAAAAUUACAAUAUGGCAUUUAAUAAUGGCUUAUCGGUAACUUUUUUACAUUUUAUAAAAAUUUGUUUAUAUGAAGUUGACAUAAGCACCUCUUGUAAUACUGAUAUACAUAUUCUUUAUAAAGAUUAUUGUCAUCAGUAUAUUUAAAAGACAUAGUUGUGUUGUAUUGUGUAGAGGUGUAUAAUAAUACAACAUAAACUUAACCCUUUUCCUUCUGGUGGGGGUUGGAGAUAUGAACACCA